UCUGACGGCGCCCCCCUGCUCCUAACCGGUUCCUCACUUCAGAACGUCCGUUCACUCCUCAUCCUCGCGCGGGACUCACCUCCUACGGUCUUGCCGAGGUGGAGGAAGACGAGGAGACGAGAGUCACCCUCCUAGGCGGCGUCGGCCCCCUCACCCGCGGGUGUGUCCUAUAAAUGGCGUCGGAAAGCGACACCGAAGAAUUCUUUGAUGCCCCAGAAGAUGUGCACCUAGGGGGUGGCUACACUGUAGGGUCUUCAGAAAAGGUUGGAAUUUCAACAUUAGAGGAAACAGAGAACACUGCACACAAAGUUGGAAAUGAAUCCCCUGUACAAGAAUUGAAACAAGAUGUGAUUAUUGAAAGUAUUAUUGAGGAGACUCAGAAAGUACUUCAGCUUGACGAUGACUCUUUGGAUUCCAAAGGAAAAGGACAGCCUGAUCAGGAUACUGCCAGUCCUCUCAUGGCUGGAACAGAUCUUAACAAUAUACCUGGACUGUUAGCCACAGGUCAAGUCCUACAGGAAUAUCCCAAAAGGGCAGAGAGUCAGAAUACAUCUGAAGAAACUGAAUUAGAACCCAAAAAAUGUUUUUCUUCCAAUGACACCUGUGAGAAGCCAGUAGAUGAAACCACUAAGUUAACUGAAAUAAGUUCAACUAAGCAGCUUAAUGUGACUGAAACUGAAACAGAAGUAUUGAACAAGGAAGCAGUGGAAAUCAAAGGAAGUGAUGUUCUAGAAUCUGCAUCCUCAAGCUCCUCAUCUGCUAAAGAUUUUGCUACUGUGGAAGAAUUGGCUCCUGCCAAACCCCCAAGACAGCUUACUCCAGAACCUGACAUAGUGGCUAGUACAAAAAAGCCUGUUCCAGCACGCCCACCCCCUCCAACUAAUUUCCCACCUCCUAGACCACCACCUCCAUCUCGACCUGCUCCACCACCAAGAAAAAAGAAAAGUGAAUUGGAGUUUGAGGCUCUUAAAACACCCGAUCUGGAUGUUCCCAAAGACAAUAUUACAUCUGAUACGCUAACUACGAGCAUGGCUUCAGAGAGUACAGUCAAGGAUUCUCAGCCUUCUCUUGAUUUGGCAAGUGCUACCAGUGGAGAUAAAAUAGUUACUGCCCAGGAAAAUGGAAAAGCACCUGAUGGGCAGACAAUAGCAGGUGAAGUGAUGGGCCCUCAGAGACCUAGAUCCAACUCUGGGAGAGAGCUAACUGAUGAGGAAAUUUUAGCCAGUGUAAUGAUUAAGAACCUGGAUACUGGAGAAGAAAUACCUUUGAGUCUUGCAGAAGAGAAACUGCCAACAGGUAUUAAUCCUCUCACUCUACACAUCAUGAGAAGGACUAAAGAAUAUGUAAGUAAUGAUGCCGCACAGUCAGAUGAUGAAGAUAAACUACAGUCUCAUCCAACAGAUACUGAUGGUGGAAGGUUAAAGCAGAAAACGACUCAACUGAAGAAGUUCCUAGGAAAAUCAGUGAAGAGAGCAAAGCACCUUGCUGAGGAAUAUGGUGAACGUGCUGUAAAUAAAGUUAAAAGUGUUAGAGAUGAAGUGUUUCAUACUGAUCAAGAUGAUCCUUCAUCAAGUGAUGAUGAAGGAAUGCCAUACACAAGACCAGUCAAAUUCAAAGCAGCACAUGGUUUCAAAGGACCUUAUGAUUUUGAUCAGAUAAAAGUGGUACAAGAUCUUAGUGGUGAACAUAUGGGAGCUGUUUGGACCAUGAAAUUUUCUCACUGUGGCCGAUUACUUGCCUCAGCUGGACAGGACAAUGUAGUGAGAAUAUGGGCUUUAAAAAAUGCUUUUGACUAUUUCAACAAUAUGCGAAUGAAAUACAAUACUGAAGGACGUGUGUCCCCAUCACCUUCUCAGGAAAGUCUAAAUUCAUCAAAAUCUGAUACAGAUACAGGGGUAUGCUUGUUAUUUUAUACUUAACUAUUGUUUGAUUUGUUUUC